CCUUCGAUCCCGGAAUAUGCUCCGAUUCAUCCCUUCUUCUUCUUCCUCUUCCUCUUUCUUCCACCGAACCCCGCUGCAUUAAUUCCUUCACGAAAUCCCACCCCCGCCUCGAUUCCGGAGAUCUCUCUCCCCCCUCUCCUCCGAUCCGGCGCCCCCUCCCGCUUCGCCGGCGAGCAGCAGCGCCCCGCGGGCGGCGGGCCACUGAAUUGGAUUGGAUGUCUCGGGGGCGGUCGCUCGAUCGGGGGGGAGGUUGGCGAGGUGGUUCGGGGGUUCAGGUUUAGCGCGCGCCGCCGCCGAGGCUGAGGCGCUGAUGCGCGGCGGCGACGGGCGUGGGGGUGCGAGAUGUACGCGGUGGGGAAGGUUGGGAGCUUCAUCUCCCGCAGCGUGUACACCGUGUCCGGGCCGUUCCACCCGUUCGGCGGCGCGGUGGACGUGGUGGUGGUGCAGCAGCAGGACGGGGGGUUCAAGAGCUCCCCCUGGUACGUCCGCUUCGGCAAGUUCCAGGGGGUGCUCAAGACGCGGGAGAAGGUGGUCACCAUCGCCGUCAAUGGCGUCGAGGCCGGCUUCCACAUGUACCUCGACAGCAACGGGGAGGCCUACUUCCUCCGCACCGGGGAGCCCAACCUCGAGGAAGGGGAGUUCGCCGUGUCCCCGGCCUCGUCGGGGGACGAGCGGGAGGUCGUGCAGGACGCGCAACAGCUGAGGAAGUCCAAGAGCACGUCGUGUGAUAGCUCCACCACCAUGGAGGCCAAUGCCGGGGACGGCAAGAUCCUCGCGAGGGCGAGCUCGAGGCGAGUGACGAUACUCGAGCGGAUGUUUGGUCGGAAAUCGAUCAAGGACAGCCCGCAUGGGGUGGAUAGGGUGAGCUCGCUAGAGCGUGCCGAGAUUGCUGCCCAACUACUUGAUACGAAUUGGUCGACGAAUCCCUCGCGUGGUGCAAGAGCUCGUAGAUCUUUGGAUGAGCCUUCCAAGGGUAAUGUAGAAAAUCAUGCUAACGGUAAUCAGGUGGAAAGCUUGGAAAUGGUAUUGCCAUCAUGUAGCAUUGAUCAGGAGAAAGACAUGGGCUCUAAUAGAGGCAGUGUGGAUAGCAGUUUCUAUAGUCCACAUGGAGAUGAAGGAACAACUAAUUUGGGAGUAGAAAACGAUCAUUGUAUACAAACUAGUGUCAAGGAGGAGGUUGUUGAGUUAUACACGUGCGAUAGCAGUGUCUUGAUCGCUGGGGCUGCCUCCACUGACCAGACAGAUAGAACUAUCAGUGAGCCUAUUGAUACUAAAAGUGAGAUACUGGAUAAUUUUGAAGAUGAUGCAGGAAGGGAAAUGCAUACCGGGGAAGUCCUUUCCCAUGAAAAUUUUGAAAUCCAUGCUACCGAGACUAACAUUACCAAUGGUUUGUCAAGUGAAAAGAAUGCCAUUUCUUCAAUUGCUUCUGCACAAGACGCAUGCCAAGAGAAAGUGGUCAUUCUCAGCAGCUCUGAGACUGUGGAGAGCUCAUAUAGUGUGCCUAGUAUUUUGGUUGACAAAGUUUGUGAGGCCGUGAACCUAUUGGAUGAUUCCAUACAGCCCAAAGAGCAGUCUGGAGUCUCCAUUGAGAAAAUAGAACAUGUAAGUUUUGAGGACAAAGCACUGUUACGUUGUGGUUCUUCCAGCAAUAUUGUUGACACAACAAAGUUGGAUAUUCAAGAACAACAAUUGGUAGUCUUUGGGAAUUCUGGUUCCCAAAACUCCCGAACUUUUGUUCCAGACAAGGAUAUUUCUGUGGACACUGCUGCAGAUGAUCAUGUUAAGUAUCCAACUCAUGAUUCAGAUAUAGAUAUCUCUGUGGACACUGCUGUCAAUGAUUAUAGUGCCCAGACAGGUAAUGAUUUAGCUUACCAGCAUGGUUUGGUUUUUCCUGGUGCUUCUUCCAGUGUUGAGGAGAUAUCAAAAUAUGUGCUUGAAAAUGAUUGCAAUGAUAUAACAAAGGACUCCAUUGUGGAAAAUAAAACAUGCGAUGGAGAGAUUGGCAAUUCCCUUGUCCAAAUGUCGACACUAGGAGAUGAGAACAUAGGAUGUGUUUCUCUAUCAGCUAGUUUUCCUAAUAAAGUAGACCUUCAAGGUUCACAGAUUAUUUCUGAUCCUUCCAGUUUGAGAGAGGUUGAAGCUGAAAACACAAUACUAGAAGAUACUGAAAGCAGACCUAGUUCUGCUAGUGGAGUUGAAAUUAAGCUUGUCCCUGGGGCAACAUAUGAGCCAAGGGAAGAAGAAGCAGUUGUUUCAUUCUCUGAGUUUGUAGAAGAAAUUCAAUUUCAGUUUAGUGACACUGAAAGCUUUGCCGAUAGAAAGACCACAGAUAAUGCAAUAUCUAAUAAAGAGGUAGGUGGAGUAGUAGAACAUGAUGAAUCUGACUGUGACACAGAACAACAGGGAGGGGAUAAGACAGGUCUUGAAAAUAACCUGGACAACUAUUCUGAUUCAUCAAGGCCUGAGACUAUCCCUGUUCCUAUUCCAGGAAGUGAGUUGCACUCAGGUGAUAAUAAUCUGGAGGCUAAAUCUCUACCAAUUCUGCGCUCUCACAUACAUGAUCUUGAAAGGUCUGAUAGUUUUCAACUAAGCCACUCAUUACAGUCGAACAGUGAAAAUAAUGGGGUUGAGCCAGUCAAGAGUACAAACUCUGGCUUGCCAGAGCAGGAACCAGAAGCUACUGGUGAUUCAAAAGAAAAUUGUGGCCCACCUGUGCUUACCAACAGUGCAGUAUCUGAUAACCUGAAGGUUGAUGCAUUCAAUCCUUUUGUGGAAUUAUCCCUAUGCAGGCAUUUGUUAUCAGAAGGCAUGGGAGAAGAUGCUGCAUGCAAAGUAUUCGAUGCGGAGAAGGUACCCUUAGAGAAGUUCCGUGCCAUGAAGCAGUCGCUGAUAAGAAACAACAAACUCGUUGUUAGAAUUGCCGGUCGGUACUUUCCGUGGGACGCAGCUGCGCCUGUCAUACUGGGCAUGGUUUCUUUUCAUGAGGAACAAUCCUUUGAACCCCAAGGUAUGAUAAAGGUGGAGCGAGUUGAGACAAAUGCAGCACCAGGUGGCAGCUGGAGAAUAUGGCCAUUUUCUUUCAAAAAGACGAGGUCUGUUAAUACUGUCCAGCCAGUUUCUGAAAGCACUGAGGAGACUUCUUCUACUCUUGUUAAAGAAUUGGAGAUAGAAAGCAACAAACCCAGGGCAAAGAGAAAGGAGAGAAAAGUGCGUUCGCUCACUCCAACAUCUGAGGAGCUAGCAUCUCUUAAUCUCAGAGAAGGCAGAAACGUGGUAACAUUUACCUUCUCAACUGCAAUGCUUGGAAAACAGCAGGUAGAUGCUCACAUAUAUUUAUGGAAAUGGAAUACACGCAUUGUCAUAUCUGAUGUUGAUGGAACUAUCACCAAGUCCGAUGUUCUUGGUCAGUUCAUGCCGCUGGUUGGUGUUGAUUGGUCUCAAAAUGGUGUUGCACAUUUAUUUUCUUCAAUAAAGGAAAAUGGAUAUCAACUGCUUUUUUUGAGCGCACGUGCUAUUUCACAAGCUCACCUGACAAGGCAGUUUCUUUUCAACCUUAAGCAGGAUGGAAAAGCUCUUCCUGAUGGCCCUGUUGUGAUAUCUCCUGAUGGCCUCUUUCCAUCACUUUAUAGAGAAGUCAUCAGACGAGCUCCCCAUGAAUUCAAGAUCUCAUGCCUAGAGGCUAUUAAAGCACUAUUUCCUCCUGACUCAAAUCCAUUCUAUGCUGGAUUCGGAAAUAGAGACACCGAUGAGCUUAGUUACCUCAAGGUUGGGAUUCCUAUGGGCAAAAUCUUCAUUAUAAAUCCCAAGGGUGAAGUUGCGGUGAAUCGUCGAGUUGAUACAAAAUCAUACACAUCCUUGCAUGCUCUUGUCAAUGGGAUGUUCCCUCCAAUUUCAUCUUCAUCUGAGCAGGAGGACUACAAUACUUGGAAUUACUGGAAAAUGCCAUUAACUGCUGUUGUUGAUAUUUGAGGUAUAGCUGCAGUCUGCGCAUAGAACACUGCUAAGGUCUCUGGCACGCAGCAGUGGCCAUGAGAAAAGGCAAACCAUGUUGAACAACAGCACCCUGAGACCAAUCGCUGAUUGGUGACAUGUGGAUGCUCCUAACAAAAAUUCUUGAAAGGCUGACAUUGUACAGAGGACUAUAAUAGAAAACUUACGACCUGUUCAACCAAUGAGGCGGCAGAAAGCGCUGUAAUUAUUUCUGUCACUCUGUUUGUUGUUGUCCAACAUGAGCUUGCAAGCCUGCACAAUUCAAAGAUGUGUAACAUACUGACCGAGUGACUGAAUGGAGGGGGAAUCUGCGUAGGGUAUUUGCCCUACACAUCACUUCUCUUGAUAUUUCAGUUUCUUUUCAUCACUAUGUAGUUCUGUUGACAUUGUAAUAUGUACAAGAUAGCAGUUCAAUAAUGCAAUUCAAAAUA